AUGGAAAGCUACGAUGGAGCCAAGGACCCUCUUGAUCACCUAGAGACUUUCAAGACCUUGAUGCACCUUCAAGGAGUAGCAGACGAGAUCAUGUGUAGGUCCUUCCCUACAAAGUUGAAGGGUCCUGCGAGAAUUUGGUUCAGCCGGCAGUGGGAGGACGAGACGCUGAGAUCUUACAUAGCCCGCUUUAACAAGGAAGCGCUCUCGAUCGAUGAAGCUGACAACAAAAUACUCGUAGCAGCCUUCACAAAUGGGUUGCGAAAAGGUCAGUUUCUGUUUUCUUUAUACAAGAACGACCCGAAAACCAUGUUAGAUGUGCUUUACAAGGCUACCAAGUACAUGAAUGCCGAAGACACACUGCUGGCUCGAGAGGAAAAGCCUAAGAAGAGAGAGAGGCAGGAAGACACACGACAGGACAGAGGGCGAAAGAUGGCAAGAACUGGAGAACGAAGGGAUGACAGGUGCUCUAAGCCCCCUACGGGGAGGUUCAUGAGCUUCACCUUGCUGAUCGCCCCAAUCGACCAAGUCCUAAUGCAAAUCAAGGACGAAUGA